AUGACAGACGAGGGAUGCUACUUUAGGGGUAACCCUUUAUUGCAAACGGCCCAGGACCUUGGUGAAUGGGCGUCUUGCUGUCCAAAAGGCAGCAGGACUACGAGUGCUGAGAAAGGAGCAUGCUCUUUUUAUCCACAAGAUGGUCCUAAGCCACCUAAAGACGAUAAGCCCCCUGCAGAUGGCAACAAGCCCCCUACAGCCUAA